AUGAUCGAAGAAGAAGAUGUAAUCAAUACUACAUAGUUCAACAAAAUCAUCUAAAUUUCUUACAUGGGAGGGAAAUUAUCAAAAUUACAACUCCAACAGAUGAACCUGGAGAAAAUUAUUAAUCAGUGUAUAUCCUUUAUUUAAGAUGGCGCUUCCUUUAGAGAAUGUACCAAUUACUUACAUGGGUUGGCCAUGGUUUAUUUAAAAUAAUAUUAGCUUUUAAGACAAGAAAUACUCAGUCUACAGAAUUCAAUGAUGAAUAAAGAAAAUUUUGUCGAAGUCGAAAAAAAAGAUGCGCGUUCAAAAAAUAAAUAAACAAAAACAAGACCAAACUAAUAAAAGGAGGCCAUUACUGAAUUAUAAGAACAUUCUAAUAGUUCAAGGGAUAAUCCAAGAAACAUAGCAAGUGCUGAGCGCUUGUAAUUAGAUUCAUAGAAAACUCCAUUUGAUAUUAAUCUGUAUUUAAGAAAGGAAGACUCAGACAGUUCAAAUGGUUUUGGAACUGCCAACUUCAUUCUUAAGGAUGUGUAAUCAAUUGAAAAACAAUCUUUAAAAGAAAUUUUAAAUAAUAGAAGAAAUUAAAAGGAAUAAUCCCAAGCAUCUUCAAAAUAGACUCCGUUGCUUCCAUAAAUCAUCAUCAAUGAUGCAGAUAAUGAAAUAUAGGAAGAAUAGUUUUAGUUUCAAAAUGAAGAAGAUGAAGAUGAAAUCACGGAUACUAGAGUUGAAGUGAGACAUGGAAACAUCAUGAGAGCAUUAGAAGAAUUUGGAAUCAGUUUUGAUAAUAAUCAAUAAGCUAUGAAUCAAACCAAAUUAACAGAUAGGAGUAAGAGAUAAACUAAAAAAUAAUAAACAACCCUUUCUAAAUAAUUAGAUCAUCAAGAUAAAGACAGAGUGCUUCAGGAAAAUUAUCAAAGAAACUUAGAAGAAUUCAUUAAAUAUCAAGAUAAGAUGGAUGAUCUUCAAAUCAAAAUGGAUCUAAUGAAUCUUCAACCUGAAUUUUGGUCUAAAUAAGAUGAUCUAAUACAUAUGAUCAAUCAAUAUGAAAUCCCCCUUAACUAAACUGUCAUCAAUAAUAAGAAUUUGCCACUCUCCUCCUAUUCCAAAAUGCAAGGGAUGACAACAAUUGAGAAUUCCAACAAUCAAUUCUAGGGAAUCAAUAGUUUUGAUGAUUAAGAGGAAAUACCUGAAUUUUAAUCCAUGGAUUCAAAUAGACAUUCUAAGAGUAUCGAUGUAGAUAGCAAUGAAUAUCACAUUUAAGAAGUGAAUUUUCUAAAGAAAAAGUUAUUAGUUCAAUUAAUGUUAUUAUUUAUUUUGAUUAUGUUUUAGUAUUUCAAGUUUAGAUCAGAAGAGAACAAAGCAAAGAGCUUCUAUGAUUUGUUAUUGAUGAGUCGAUUGGGUUUCUGUUAAAUUAAAAAAGAACAGCAAAUAGGAAACUAUACAAACAUGUUAAUAGAAUUAUGA